GCGUUUAAAUUCCAAUAUUUCUUCAAUGGAGCUUAACCAAUCCAGAAAUUCCUCAGUGCUAAGAUUUCCCGAAAACUCAGGAAUCUCGACUUUAAAACCUGAAUCCCAUCGUCUAUCUUCAGCCUGAAUUUCUCGUCUAUUGAGUUAAUGAUCAGCUGGAGCUGCGACAUGAUCUUGGUUACGGAGGUUCUGAGGAUUAGCGAAUAAGUUCUCGGCCAAUUCAUCAUCAGAGGUGUCUUCUUCGCGGGGCUGUUGACCCAUGUUACCUUGUCGACGAUGAGCGGCUUGAACUGGAGCGAUUUGCUGUCGUUGCAGGACUGUUGCCAGAGCUGUUUCGACGGCGUGAGUAAGGGUAUCAUGAAGGCCAGCAGUAAAGGUCUCCAAUGUAUUGCGGAGCUCUUCUUGCUGUUCUUCAGGAGUUUGUUUUCGCGGAGGCAUUGUGAGAUAAUGUCGUGUGAUGGAGUUGGUGCGGAAGUAGCAAAGAUCAUAGAUUCUGAUUAAGAAAUCAAAACCGAAAGUCUCUGAUACCAACUAAUGUAGCACAAGCUACGGAUAAUGCAAGAAACCAAUUGAUUCUGAAAAUGCCUAGGAUUCGUGCCUACUUGAGAUCGUUGAGAGUCGAAGCUCUAUCCGAGAACAAGGUCAGAGUUUAUAAAAGCUCUUUAAAUUAAUUCAAUGUAAAAGUCGUACCUUACAAAGCCAAGGUAUCGACGUAUAUAUAGCAAAGCUAAACACUGAAAGGAAAUAAAACCUUAACACUUAUCUAAACUUAAGAUAAUAAUUAAAAGAAAACCAAAGCCCAUGUAACAUAGGAUGUGUACUACAUCAAUCGUGAACCUAAAUUUUGUUAUUUUAAUAAUAUAGAAGAAAAGUUUUGAAUGUGUCCAAAACCUAAUAACAACUUUUAACGGUAGAUAAAAAAUAUGACGCUAAAUUAAUAGAUUAGAUAUAAUAAAUAAAUACUAGGCCUAGCCCUUGUCCGUUUAAACUUUCCCUUGAAACCGACAACUUUCGACUGCAACGGUUCUUUUAUGUGUUGUAGCAUCUUCCGAUCAGUAGCAUCAUCAAUUGCAAGUUGCAAAAUAAAAUAAAAAAGUUCGCCGAAAAUUUCAGUGAUCAAGCGAUUUAGAUUAUGACUAAUAAGCCGCAACAAAACAAACAACUUGUGACAUUUAAUAAUAGUUGCAAAUCGCAAUUGCAAUCACAAGUUAUUGCGACAGCUAAACAAAUAGGGUCAUUAAGUAUAAGUAGAAAGGAACGUGCUUUCAUCAUUUUCUUAUAUGAAGACACAUCCACUGUAUAUGAAACAUAGAAACGGUAAGUCUAUCAUACACACUUUCUUAUACGAAGACGCAUCAUUUUUUUUUUUUUGAUAACUCUGGUAUCUGGGCAUCCACAUUCCCAACUAUCCCUCCGUAGGGGGUCCAGCGCCCCAACGGAAGGGAUGUUAAAUUCGUUGUGGCCAAAGCUCGAACCCGGGUGGCGGACAGUACAGCUGUACCUCCUUAACCACCAAGCCACGAGCGCUUGGUUAAGACGCAUCAUUUUCUUUUAUGCAUCGCAAGAUUUUGAAAUGGUUUCACCCAAUUUUUUUAAUAAAUUGCGUUUGUAUUUCUAUGUCUAUUAGAUUAUCAAAGGUUGUUUUAUGCAUCUCAAGAUUUUGAAAUGGUUCCACCCAAUUUUUUUAAAAAAUUGUGUUUGCAUUUUUAUGUCUACUAGAUUAAUAUCAAAGAUACCAUACAUAGGUUUUUAAGCAUCGCAAGAUUUUGAAAUGGUUUCACCCAAUUUUUUAAUAAAUUGUGUUUGUAUUUUUAUCUAUUAGAUUAUCAAAGAUUAGAAGGUUCAUUCUAUACCUUAAAUAUUUCCAUUUGGUAUUUAUUUAUUAAAACUCGUCCUUCAAAUGGUUGCUUCUAUCAAAACUUAUUUUUUCUCAACGGUUCUAUUAAAACUUAUUCCACAAUAUUUAAUACAUUCAGUCAUUAAGUACUUUAGUCUAAUUUACUAAAAACGUUAUUUUAGCCUACUACACGCACCACUAUACUAUUACAUUUUGUAUAUAUGGUUCAUACACAAACCAAACCUAUGGUGAACAGGUUUCUAGGUAUAAUGUUUUAAUGGACAAGUUUUGAUAGAUCAAAACAUGUUAUUAAGCUUUAAAUACGACUUUGUAGAUCUGUUUAAGAUUUUGUUUUUAAAAUAUGUAGAAUGAGCGAACACUUGAAAUUUUUUACUUCCACUUAUUUAAGAAUUUUAUUUUGUUUUUUGACGGAAUAUGAUACGAGAAGAUUUAAAUGGAAAGUGCACUUCUCUUAAGUACUUAAAACAAUAUAUGCAAGUCGUCUCAUUGACCUUUGACCUUGUAUCGUCCUGCCCACAAUGGUUAUUCUUGAAUUUUUAAUUGUACUGAAUAUAUUGACUUUGUAACAAUAGGAAACGACGGAUAUUGGUAGCUUUAAAUACUGAAUGUUUAAAUAUACAUCUGCAAUUCUGCAGUGACUUAUAACAAUGAUUUUAUAAAAACAUACUGUAAGACAACGAUAUUCCACUAGCCGAUGACUUUGUAACCAUCUACGUAUAAAAUACAUAUGUAAAUUACUCAAUUAUGUGGUUAAGUAAUUAUGGAAACGACUGUUGGUGUAUAUAUAUUCAUUUCCUGUAUUACUGCCUUCAGACACAUAACAAAGAAAGGUUUCAGAGAAGGAGUUUAGAAAAGUGAAGAUGAAGUUCGGAAAAGAACUGUCGUCACAAAUGGUACCGGAGUGGCAACAAGCUUACAUGAGCUACGACUAUCUCAAAAACCUUCUCAAAGAAAUCACCAAACUCAAACACAGAACUAACCCUCCUCCACCACCACAUAAUGCCGUCUCCGGCGAAGGACUUAGCCGCAAAAUGACUCUAUACCGAGCUUUUAGUGGUCUUGUCCAAACGCCAGGAAAGAAAAGACAAAGGUCGGGGCAAAUCAGCCCUUCUCAAAAAACUGACAUUGAAGAAGGUUAUGCUCCAAUACUAGUCAACAAAGGAGGUCAUGGCUUAGAAACUACUUUCUUGAUGACGGCAGAGGAAGGAGGAGAAUAUGAAUUGGUGUUUUUCCGGCGACUCGACGAUGAGUUUAAUAGAGUUGAGAAAUUCUAUAAAGAGAAAGUGGAAGAAGUAGUGAAUGAUGCGAUUAUGCUUAACAAGCAAAUGGAUGCUCUAAUUGCAUUCCGAGUUAAGGUUGAGAAUCCUGUUGGGUGGGGAUGGGAGGAGCGGACUGUGGAAAUGACUCGCUUGGCCUCCGACGUUGCCACUUCCACCGCUGCCCUCUCUGCGUCUACCCCCGCUAGAACUGGAACCAUGAAGCCUAGAGCUCAAGCUCGCUUGGAGGCAAUACAUGAAGGAGGCUCCAGCAGAGGUGACGAUGAUGAAGAUCACGGUGACGUGAGAAGCAGCAGCUUGAGCAAAAUGGCAGCUGGAAGGCCAGCCCCGAUCGAGGUUCUAGACCACAUAAAGAUCAACAACACUAAGGAAACGCCUAGGUCCACCAUUAAAGGCGUUCUCCAUUCUUCAAGCCAUGAAGAGAUCAUAUUCAGUAGGCAUAAUCUUAGGGAAGUCGAAGAGAAGCUCAAAGUAGCCUUCGUGGAGUUUUACCAGAAGCUUCGUCUCCUCAAGAGCUACAGCUUUCUGAAUGUGUUGGCGUUCUCCAAGAUUUUGAAGAAGUAUGAUAAGAUAACUUCAAGAAAAGCUUCCAAGCCUUACAUGAAAAUGGUUGAUAAUUCGUAUCUCGGAAGCUCAGAUGAGCUAAUGAAACUGAUACAGCGUGUUGAGGCUACGUUCAUAAAGCAUUUCGCAAAUGGUAACAGAAGAAAAGGAAUGAGCAUUUUGAGACCUCAAAUAAAAAGAGAAAGACAUCGACUUACAUUCUCCACAGGUUUCUCUGCUGGAUGUGUGUUUUCUCUUAUAGUUGCUCUUGUCUCCAUCAUACGCGCCCGGAAUAUUUUUCAAAAGGACGGCUACGAAGGUUACAUGAAAACUAUGUUCCCUCUUUAUAGCUUGUUUGGGUUCAUUGUGCUUCACAUGACUAUGUAUGCUAUUGAUAUAUACUAUUGGAAGCGUUAUAGAGUAAACUAUGCAUUCAUAUUUGGGUUCAAGCAAGGAACUGAACUUGGUUACAGACAAGUUCUGUUUGUGGGAUUUAGCAUUGGAGCUUUUGCGUUGCUUUGUGUUCUUGGUAAUAUUGACAUGCAAGCAAACCCUAGAACCAAAAGUUUCCAAGCACUGACCGAACUUCUUCCUCUUUUCCUUCUUGGUGCUAUGUUUACAGUUUUAAUCUUGCCAUUAAACAUUCUCUACCGAUCGAGCCGCUUCUUCUUCCUCACGUGUCUGUUUCACUGCCUUGCUGCUCCUCUUUACAAGGUGACGUUACCCGAUUUCUUCUUAGGAGAUCAAUUAACUAGUCAAGUACAAGCUCUUCGAAGCAUCCAGUUUUAUAUAUGUUACUAUGGCUGGGGAGACUUCAAACAAAGGCAAGACACAUGCAAAGACUGGCAAGAAUACAAAAUUUUCUUAUAUAUUGUUGCUGCAAUCCCAUAUCUAUCUCGCCUCCUUCAGUGCAUGCGACGAAUGUUUGAGGAAAAAAGCCUAGAGCAAGGAUACAACGGAGUCAAAUACUUGUUGACAAUAAUAGCGGUUUGUUUGAGAACAGCUUAUGGUUUUGAAACCAACAAGAAUCAUAAGUUUAUUCUCAAAGUAUUAGCUGGAUCUGCCUCAGUUCUUGCUGCUGUUUUCUGUACAUACUGGGACUUUGUCCAUGACUGGGGACUUCUGAAUAGAACCUCCAAAAACAGAUGGCUUCGAGAUAAACUUCUAGUCCCACACAAGAGAGUAUACUUCAUUGCAAUGAUUUUGAACGUUGUGUUGAGGUUCGCAUGGUUGCAAACAGUAUUAGAUUUUGAGUUUAAGUUUCUUCAUACUCAGACGGUGCUUGCGGUUGUGGCUUGUCUUGAGAUUAUUCGUCGUGGGAUAUGGAAUUUCUUCAGGCUAGAGAAUGAACAUUUGAAUAAUGUGGGGAAGUACCGAGCUUUCAAGUCAGUUCCACUACCGUUCAGCUACGACGAAGAUGAUGAAAAAGACGAUUGACAUGUUAACAGAAGAACGUGAACAUUUGACCAAAAAAAAAAAAAGAACGUGAACAUUUUCUUAUACAUGAAACGAAGUGUUUGUAACAAAAAUUAUUCAUUGUCUAAUACAAAUUGAUGGAAGUAAUUUAUCCCGUAUAUGGACGUGUUAAUGUGAUUACUGAUUACUGUUUGUCGAACCGACACAAGUGGCAACUGGAAAACCUCUCCGUACAAAAUUGUACGAUUAGUACUUGUAGCAUAGAAAACGAAAUGUAAAGAGAAGUCCACAAUAAUUUGUCAGCGACAUCAGUUUAUAAGAGCAUGUUCAACCGGUAGAAAAGUUAAGAGUUGCUAAAAGAAAAAAAAUAUUAAUAUUAUAAUAAUUUAUUUGUUUUUCAUUUUUCUGUAAAAAAGAUAACCAAUUACUGAAUGCCACAUAUAUGAAUUGUGUUAGUAGUCAUAUCUUAAGAGCAUCAUUAUCGCCCGUCUUUAGAGGGUAUCUUAUGUUUAAUUUGAUUAAAAAAAAAUCAAAAAGAGAAAUAAACCGUAGAGGCGUCUCUUAAUUUGGUACAUGAAGAGCCGUCUCUUCUCUUCCUCUCUUCGCCUUCCUCUCUUCCUUUCUCUCUCUCUCUUCCUCUCUGUCUCUCUCCACUCCCUCUCCCAUGGCGGCUUCUUCUACCUUCUCCUCAUCAGCUCUUCUCUCAAACAACCGCACUCCACCGCUAUGCUGCUCUGUCAGACCCUCGAUCUCUUCCUCCCCGAUGCCCAGGAGAAGAUCCGUAUUUUUGCUGAAUCCUUUUGUGGAUGCGAUGAUUGCUUCGAAAACGCCGGCUUGGGUCCAUGCGGGUUUGCGGAGAUAUGAUAUUUUGAGAGCCCAAGACUUGAACUUUCUGUUCGGAAGCCUCCACCCUUUGAAGGAAACGCUCAAAGACAGAGACUUUAAGUAUGGUGGUGAACGGUUUUGACGAGGAAACAUAGCUUCAGGUCUGUCAAUGGAGGUGGUGAGACAGAGUUUUGAAAGAUGGGUUUUUUGUAUCGUGAGCUAAAGAAGAAGAUGGAAGAGAAAGUUUUGUUCUUUCUGUCUCUGUACUUUUCUUCUUUGAUUUAACGUUGAAGAAUAAAAUAACGUUGGAGAGAUGAUGGUGCUAGGAGCUGGAGUGCAACAGCUCCUUUUGGGAUAAUUAGAAAGAAACUAGAUGCAGUCGAGCGGGAUGGAGAGGCUGAUAAAAGCGCAGCAGACUCAUCACAUCAAGAACUCGGAGAAGAAGGUUCUCAUCAAGAAAGUUAGAGGUUUAUAAGAGAUGAGCUGCUGCUAUAACCAUUCAUUCCAUUACAUUCUCUAUAUAUGUGUUUAUUCAGGUCGGUCAUUUUAUAGACAAAGUCAUUCACUCAUCAAACAAGUUCCUUCUUCU